AUGUCAGGGAUCCACACAAUGUCUGAUCCAUUCCGCUCUUAGAUCCACAGAGCUCCGAGAUCCAGUCCGUUGUAUCAUCCAUACUGCUCCAGAAUCAACUCAGCUCCAAGACUCACUACAUUUUGAGAUCGACUCUGCUCCAGAGCCCACUGCGUUCUGGGUCUGUGCGGAAGGAUGGGGCCGGUGCGGCUGCUGCUACUUUUGCUGUGGAUCACAGAAAUACCGGUUUUCGGAACUUCGCUGAAUUCAGAUGAAAACCAGAAAGAGGUCCUUCCAAAAACUGACAACACCGUGACUGGCAUCACUGAGACUGAGACCAGGAAUGGCAGUGCCGCAGCUGGGAAUGCCAAGAAUAGCAACGUUGGGGCUAACACCACCAGGAAUGGCAACGCUGGGACUGGCACCACCAGCAAUGGCAACACCGGGACUGGCACCACCAGGAAUGGCAACGCUGGGACUGGCACCAUCGUGAAUGGCAACGCUGGGGCUGGCACCACCAUGAAUGGCAACGCUGGGGCUGGCACCACCGUGAAUGGCAGUGCCACAGCCAAGAAUGCCAAGAAUGGCACCGCUGGGACUGGCGAUGCUGAUACUGGCAAUGGCGGAACAGGUAACAAGGAAAAGUCUGAGGACAAGGCAGGAGCUUCUGGCACUGGAAUCAACAAUCCUGCUCCAAGUUCAAAAGAAGCUAAAACGCAAGGUACCGAGUCUGAGAAUGGAAACACUGAGGAGAGGAGCAGUGAGAACCCAGCAGGCAGCCAAAGCAAUAAGGGGGAGGACAAGGAAGAUGAUGCUGAGCCAGUUGAGGAGGAUGAGGAGACACCAGAAGCAGAGAGAGACACAAAAGCCCCCGAGCAGGCUGGGAACAGCGCAGCAGUUGCUGAAGGAUCAGUGAAGGCUGGAGCUGGGACGAACAUUGACACUGAGUCAGUGCCAAGGGACGAGCCAGAGAGCAGCCACUUCUUUGCCUACCUGGUGACCACAGCAGUUAUUGUUGCUGUGCUCUACAUUGCUUAUCAUAACAAGCGCAAGAUUAUUGCUGUUGUCAUUGAAGGUCGAAGGUCAAAGACCAAUCGACGCCCAAAGUCAGCAGAUUACCAGCGACUGGAACAGAAGCUGUGAAGGCCUUUUGGACAAGGCUGGACCCCCUGCAGAGGAACUUUCUUUCCACUCCCUCCCCACCAUCGACCCAUCUUCUCCUCUAAACUACAAGGACUGUCUCUUUAAGCACACCGAAUGCCAGAUCAAAAGACAGUUUGACCCAGAACCACAACCUCACGACUUCAGAUCGCAGUCUGCUCAAUGUGAAUAAUGGAAUUUCCCUGUUUGUAUUAUGUUUCUGUGGGAGAAGGGGAUGCAGAGGGAGACAAUCCUGAUUUAACUGAUGACUAUCUAAUUAUUUUCAACGUAGGGGGUUGGUUAGGGAAGGGUCAGGUGCUGGGGGCGUGUAGCGGGGAAAUGUUGGGCUGGUCAGGGUCUGGUUUAGGCAGAUUUGAUGAGUGCGUGUGGCUGGGAGUGGGUGAAUGGUGGUCACUCGAGACGAGUGGAGGUCAAGUGAACAUGUUUCUCUUGAAAAUUAAUACUGCAGUGAGAGAAGGUGUGACUGGGAAUUGUUCCCAAAGGCCAGGUCAGGCCAAUUGAGGAGAUUCAUUUAGAGGCUAAUUUCUGAACCAACUUUGGGAGUAUCUCAUGCUCCCUCAAGCCUCUACCCAGGUGGAGGAGAGUUGAGGGGUUUAUGCAGGAGCUGAGCCAUAAGUCCAGGGAAGGUUUGGAGUAUCUUUAUAUGGGUCUGUCAGCUGGUCCUUGGCGUAUGUCAUUGUGACAAGUAAAGGACUAAUCUGCACACGGCCUAAUCUCCUGGGUAAUACUUAGUCUCUCUCUGCUUACACUGUGGAAAUGUUUGUAAAUUGUUGUAGCAGAAGGCUGUACUCAACAUGGGAUGACCCAGCCGCACCAUCAUGCAAUCCCUCUAAAGAGCAUUAAACUCAAUGGCUGUUCAAUCAC